AUGGGUACCAAUUUGGCAAAGCCCGGGGAAAUCCCUGGGGCCAAGGAACUUCCGCCGUUAUCGAAAGAUGAGUUCGACGUCUGCAAUCGUCUUGCAAUGCGAAUGGAUCGAUUUCAUGACCAUUUCCGAUACAUGUGGGAAAUGCUCUACCUUGCCGCUGAUACCCAGCAACGGCCAUCAAAUCUUUCGCUGAAACAAUUCAUUGAUACAGGUAUCCGAUUUAUCGAUAACCUCGAAGGACAUCACGGAAUCGAAGAACGGUAUAUCUUUCCGAUACUUGCGAAGAAAAUGCCAGAGUUCAGGUCCAAUACGCGCAACCAAGCGGCCGCCGAGUUACUCCAGCAGCACGAGGAGAUCCAUAGUGGAAUAACAGCAAUGCGGCAGUACUUGAAAGCGUGCCGGUCCGGUAAUAUUGAGUUUCGGUUUGGUGUUCUCCGAAGCAAGAUGGAACCAUGGGGCAAGACGCUGCUGAAGCACCUGGAUCAGGAAGUCAAGACAUUGGGAGCUGAAAGCAUGAGACGAUACUGGACACUCGAAGAGAUGGACGAGUUUCCAUUCUAG